UAUCCAAAUUUGCACCGGAUGGCACUUGUAUUCCUAGUAGGUCAUGCACCAUUGCUCUCGCUAGCAUCACAACUUAUGUCUACCUCGUCGAACAUUUCACAAGGCUGGCACCUUCUAUGCUUUACUCGAAACCGCUUGUCUCCAUCAUCAACCCGUGCAUUCCUUUGUCUUGGCUCAUGGCUCCACUGUGGUCUGGUAGCACCCGAGGACCUUACUAAGAUCUCUGAGGAAGAGAAAACGAGCGUUGGGUGA